CGUAAUCAUUUUCUAAUCAAUUUUAAAGUUCUUUCACAGCCUGUCAAGUGUCAAGUCUAUUACAAGUGAAAUGACGAGUACCUUACCGAGAUUGGUAGUGCUGCCGAGAAUCUGUCCAGCCACGAUAAAGACCUAGUGUUGCGAAAUUUGUGUCAGAAAAAAAUUUAUCUGUUCAUUGAAGUGAUUAUAAUUAUUGCACUACCGGAUGGAUUUCGUAACAUAUAACGUUCCCAGGAUACUGGUAACGGUCUUAUUACUUGGAACAACUUUACCGAGGCGCUUUCGUGUAAGUGCUGAGCACAACGAACGAAUCGAAUGGGUGUCGUUACGGUCCUGCGAUAUGGGAAAUACUAGCCAGGUAGCCAACGGCACUGGUGUCAUGGCGUGUUCCAAUCCGCCUUUUAUUACAUGGUACCGCGGCUACAGGUAUCUUCCAUAUCAGUUUGAUCUUGUCGAAGAUAAUGAAGAUGCUGAAAACGAGCCAGGUGGUAUUAUCGCUGUGUCACGCUGCAUGAGAAGGACUUUCGGUCAGUCUCCCGACAGGAAUGAACCCGUAGCCAUUUUCCGAGGGCCGAUACUCGUACCCCCUGACUGUAAAAUUUUUCGCGUUACUUUCUGGUACCGCCUUUCGGAUCCUCCAGUAUUCGUUCCCGGAAAUCAGCAAAAUGAGUUCCAUUUGAAAGUGUUAAUUGAAGAUAACGGUCAGCCGUUUCCCUCUGAUUUAAUCUGGGGAAGAGAAACUGAUUAUGUCGGCCUUCUCCUCAGACAAUGGAAUUUUGCGGAGGUAUCUUUUGUGAGGUCCAGUGGCGCACAGUUUACGAUAAACUGGUUGGUAUACCAUAACGAUGACUGCCAAAUCAACGUUAAAAGCAUCACACUGGACAAGAUCGCCAUUGAUAACGCUGACGCCGACUCUUGCCCGACAACUUUCGCCACAACAAAACCCACACCGGCUAUUACGUCAACAAUAUUUACAUCAACAACGAUGACUUCGACGUUCUCCACAAGCACCGGUACCGCUACGGAAUCGUCAUCAGUUGUAACGACAGCCAAACCGACGACUGGAGUGAUCUGCCCUCUACCAGCACCAUGUUACAGAUGGGCAAAUUUGAAGGGAGGGAAUUGUGUUCUGGGAACAGAGAUCCAGCCAGACAACACUGCCACAGGCAUUGCUGCCUGUCCGAGUUGGUUCCGAGGGUACAGAUACUUUCCGUAUCAGUUCGAUUUGGUGGAAAACGACCAGACCUCUGAUGACAAAAUUGUUGACGUGAUAGCUUUGUCGCGUUGCACCCGGAGACCUUUUGGCGCUGCGCCCGACAGCGAAGAUGCCGUGGCCGUUCUCCGGAGCCCCAAUAUCGGUCCGGCAGCUUGUAUUGUGUGGCGUUUAACAUUUUGGUAUCGCCUAUCUGAUUACCCGGUCUUCGAUUCUGUCAAUCCACAAAACCAGUUCCAUCUCAAAGUGUUUGUCGAGAAUAACGAAGAAACAUUUCCCACCGAGCUGAUCUGGGGAAGAGAAGAGGAUUAUGACAGUUUCCGGCCCAAUGUUUGGUACUCUGGCGAAGGAGUUUUUCAUCGUAACGAAAGCCAGCCGUAUGCGGUAUACUGGUUCGCUUAUCACAAUGACAAUUGUGAAGUUGACCGUAAGGAGAUCGCUGUGGAUACCAUUAGGAUUCAAUAUGGUACGGCCAGUUUAGCACGGUCACGAACCAAAUCUAGUGGAUUUUGUUUUAAUCGAUUUAAUGGAAAAAGCAAAGAAAAUUAAGCAAAGUCCCUUGUAGUAGCAGUAGUGCUUACGCAUUUUAAGAUCAAUAGCUUUGCUUCUGAUUGUAGCCACAUCAGCGAGCCCGGCCGCCGGAAUAUGCCCAACUUUACCGACGGUGCUCUCGAAUUUAACUACAACGCCACAAGGAAAUACUUCCACGUCAGCGCAAUCGCAACCAACUACAGUGACACCGCCUACUUCACUGAA